GUGCAACGGCCGCCCGCGGACGAACAGCGCCGUCCAAGCCAACGUCGGAGACAGGGCCCAGUGCCGUGCGGACCAGUUCCCGAGAAAAACCGGAAAAGUCAAGCCCCCGGCGAGGUGUCCCACAUGAACAACCCGGGAGCUGAAAGAUGGCGACCGAUGGCCAUAUCGAAUCCGUCCACCAAGUUGCGAAUGGCAAGAUCCAUGCCCCAUUGGGUCAUGGCGCAGCAGCAGCAGCGGGAAGCAGAGCAGCAGCAUCAUCGACCGCCGACGCCCCCGAAGAUCCCGCCGCCGUCGCUCUCCGGGGACUGUGGUGACCCCGACUACGAGAUCAUCGAGUUUCCGACCCGACCGCAAGCCCAGAAACCCUCGACGCCCCAAUCGAAUGUCGGUAAGUGCGCCCUGUGCGGCACCGAGAACGUGUUCGCGCGUUGCGACACGUGCAACGAGAACUUCUGCGAGGCCUGCGACGACAUGAACCACAAGCACCCGAAGCGGAGAGGCCACGUCCGCAGAAGGAUCCUGACCGACCACGCGAGCAGAAGCAGACCGCCGCUACCGCCGAAGGGGGAGAACCUGUUGAAUCCUCCGCCGGUGCCGCCGCCACGGAGGAAUCGCAAGACCACUCAGGCUAAAUCGGCGCUAGCCAAAGGAUCUGCGCAACUCCCUUUGCUCGACAAGGUCGGGAGCUUGAAGCGCAAUUUUUCCAAUACGAAACCGCCGCCGGACUCGAGCGCAAGAGUAUCGAAAUCUACGAGUACUUUAAACGCAUCUUCCAACGAUACUGGAUCAGGAACAGAUAAAAUGACUACUCUACAGGAGAGAUACAGAAAGUAUCAGGAGGUAAUGAGGGCUCAAGACGCGAACAGGCGACGACACCCGUCCGCUGAUACAAGGGAUACGUUGAGUGGAAGACCACUCGGCAUAGGCAGUCCGAAACCGGCACCGCCGCUUCCACCCCCGCCUCCCAGAACCAUGAUACAAUCAGCCAGCGUUUGCGACUUGACUGCUGCUCAUAUGUGGAACCCGGGAAUGCAUCAGGCCCAAUCGAUGGCGCAUCUCGGGCCCGGCGGUAUGCCGGUGAUGUGGUACCCGCCGGCCAACUCCUGGGAUAUGUCGAUGGGAGGCUCCGCCGUGAGCCUGCAUCAUCCAAACGCGUGGGGAUACCCCGUGGGCUAUCCGUCAGCGCAAAUGCUACCUCCGCAUUAUCCGGGAUCUCUUUCUAGAGGACACAGUCCGGCCAGGAGCGUGAAAUCCAGCAGGAGAUCGAGACCGGCGUCUCCGUCUCCCAGCCUGAAAUCCAGGAAGUCUUACGCUUCGAGAUCGCGAUCGAAGAGGUCACCCGGGUCACCGUCGGACGCAAGCUCCGAGAACUCCGACGAGUCCGAUAUCGACGACAGACUUUCCCGUGGAUCCAGAAGUAGACGCGGCAGCGUUCCCAGAAGCAUACGACAACGAGGCUACCAUGACGAAGAUGCCAGAAGCCUCGUCUCCAGAGGCCGACGAGAGGGCUUAAGAUCCGAGGAGAGAACGAUGAAUAACGAGGACCAAUGGUCCGAAAGUCCGUCCAGUAAACGAUAUCCGACAUCCUCGCGAAACUGUGACGAACUUGAAAAAAGCAACACUAUCUCUUCUGGACGGCGAUACAGCAACGAUGACCGCUCGGCCUCCAAGACGGAUCCUCGGCUGGAUCGCAUUCAAAACGGAACUUAUCGCGACCGCCGAAGGCGAAGUACCGACGACGAGUCCUCUGAUCGAAGAGUUAACACACCAGGUCGAGCACGAGUUACGAGCUCGUCUGACGAUCACUUCGAGAGGGUGGAGAACGCUUUAAAGAGGGCGUCGUCCCUACGAAGGGACAUCAUGCUGGACGACCUGGAACGAUCCUCCGCUCGUCGCGAUUCUCGCAGAUCGUCCUUCGAGAGCGACGGCCAGAUCAGAAAGACUCCUUCCCGAGACGUAACUUCCCCGAAAAGAACGGCUGGAGAAAGAACGCGCCUCCUGGAAAGACAGUCUUCUCAAGGAGGACAUUCAGAUAUGGAUCGCGCGAACAUGGACGAGGUCGAAUCACGCUCAACAAGAAGAGAACAACAAUUGCGCGACGUCUCGCGAGAGCGCGAGCUCCUCGCGAGAAGAGAGUCGUUCCGGCGAAAAGACACUCUUGACGAUCUCGACCGGACCUCGAACAAACGAAGUUCCGGCAGAUCCUCGCUCGAAUCCGACAAUCAAGGUCUUAGAAAAACGCCCUCCAAGGAAAUGCCGAUGCGAAAACAGGGGGACAAGGAAGAACGGGAUUUACCGGAAACGAUAGGUGAUCUUCAGGUUACAGAUCGUCAGCGAUCGAUCGAUAAGGACCAGUCGAAGGAUCCGACACGAGCCGCCGAGGCUCAACAGAAGAAACAGGACAACGCUGAGACGAAGCAGCAGCAGCAGGAGCGGGCAUCUCAGAAGGAACCAAAGACGGUAAAGAGAGACACGGUCGAAGGUACGAGUGCGUUAUCUAAGAAAAUCGCACCCGGCGAGAUGGAAAUUCCGAAAGAGGAAUGGGCCUGCGAGCAUUGCACCUUCAUCAACAAGCUCAACGAUCGCGUCUGCGUGGUUUGCUGCAAGACGAGGAGCAGCGCUCUGCCACCGAGCACCGAUGACCCCGUGGCCGGGCCGGUCGAGCCGCGAGCGAAGAACGAGACGUCGAGCAGCGUCGGCGAUCCCAAUCGCGAACCCGAGAAGCGGACCAAGAAGAUCUCCAACAGCGAAGAGAGCGGCGACAGCGGAUCCGUCAAGAAUAAAGAAGCGAUUGUUCCAGAGAACGAUUCUCUCGUAGAGAACUCAAAAGCUACGCUCACGGCUGUAGCCUCGCAAGCGAAAGAAGCGUCGACAGACGCGACAUUGCCGGUCGAUGAGAACUUGUCGUUAGAAGCAUCGUCCUCGGCGUUAACGUCUUCUUCGAUUGCGAGCACUUCCCAGGCGGACGCAAACGCGACGUCGCGCGAGGAAAAGAUUGGAGGAAAACUUUCGAAGGGCCAUUCGGUAUCCACGGGAACGUCUCCUCCGCCGCAAAGUAUCUCGACCCAAACUUACGACUGUCUCCCUGCAAAAGGGACUCUCGGAAGAUCCGCGUCGGUAGCGACAUCAAAGAGUUACUUGUAUUACGACGAUAGCGACGGCGAGACGGAGCAUUUGUUUCAGGAACAAACCGGAUUCGCAAACAGUCCCGAUUUGUAUCCUCGUGCGUUGCAGGAACAGUAUCUUCAGCAGCUGAUAACCGGGCAGAGAAGCAGAGAGCGGACCAGAAGAAACUCCCUCGACUCGACUCACCUCUAUUAUCGUUCCAGGGAACCCAGCCUACCGAGAUACGCGGAGGCAGGUUCCAGCGCCAGCCAGGGGAUCUCCACGUUGACGCGCCAAGGAUUGGAGAUAGUGGAGAUCCUGCGGGAGGCCGAGAAGCAGGGAUUCACGACCGACGAUGUCCAGGUCGCGUUGGCGCAAGGCGCACCGAAUCCGAUCGAGUGGCUUCAGACGCAGUGGCCGCAUCUGGUGGAGACAGUGCAGGUCCUGGUGACCGCGCAGGGCAAGGAAUUGAAGGAGAACAGCAUCGGCGCGCUGUCGCCGGCCGAGGCGAAAGAGGCCCUGCGAUCUGUCAAGGGUGACAUGUGGAACGCAGUCGCGACGGCGAUUCAACGCAGGCAGCAGAAAUGCGAACAGAUCAUGGGAAGGGGUAACUUCGCGCUCGCGGACGUUGUCAGAGCUCUCGACAAUAACGCCGGUAUCGAGGACGCCACUCUGCUCGAGCUGCAGAAGAAUCAGCUCAAGCCUUUUUUAAUGAGGAUCUGGGGUCCUCCGGUCGGGGUGGAAAAUGAGGAGGCUGCACCGCACAGAGACGCAGCGGGUGCGGUCGGCGGGACGGGAAUCGGUCCCAUGGAACAAGUUCCGAAUGUGUCCGAUACGGAGGCGCAGAAGCAGGUAAUGUCACCAAUUGUUGAUCAUUUCGUGGCGUUGCAGGCCGACUUUCAAAAGCAACUGGCGGCCCUCAGAGAACUGACCGAUAACUGGCGACACGAGAAAGAUCCCCCGAACAAAUUGGGUAAUAAUAAGUCUGAUAAUCUGUACGACCGCUCUGAUGUGCCCACUGUUCUAAUCGAUGCAAAUCUGGUCCCAAGGGCCGUACAACGAGCGCCCGACGUAGCGGAGCCGAGCGAUCUUGCGAUCACGCGGCAAGAGCAGGCGACCGUAGAUUCGCGGGACGACUCAAAGUACUCGUUGAACGCUACGAAGCCGACAGAAGGCCUGGACCAAGUAGACGCCGCGUUGCCCACGAAAAUUCCCGCAGCCACGGUCGAUGAUCUCGCGAGGACAAGUGCAAUGGACUCCUCACGCGCGCCUGAACGCUCCUCGAAAAUUGACAAUGCCGAUCGUUUGAGAACCGGAGAACCGUCGGCGAUCGACACCGACGAAGCUGCUGUGCGAAUUACCGCGACCGAGCUGUCAAAGUCCGCUGGUCGGAAAAGUGAAAGCGACGACGUCGGGGCGAAACGGACCACGCGGUCGCGCGAGAGCGCGAGAGAGACGCGUGCCGGCACCUCGACGGCAUCGAUCGACGAAGCUGUAGUGGCGACGGAAGUUACGGAUUCGCAGGGACAGGAAAGAUUAUCGCCAAAUAACGUCGGAGUUGAAGUAUCCUCAUCGCGCGGAACUUCUGCGCUUGACACAACGAAUAAUACGGAACCGGGUCAGCCCACUUGUACGCGCCAGGAAACUUGGAGUGGCCCUGAAUUACCCUCUACGGUAGGACGGGGCACCGCGACGGGGAACAGCGAGUCACUCGUCGAAGUUGGGAAGUCUGCGGAAUCGAGCGGCGCACUCGGUGUCUCUUUUCAGAAUUCGAGUGCUCCCAAACGAGCCGAUACAUCGCCGCAAACGCCAUCGCGGGACGAAGCCCCGGUCGCGGACACGGAGAAAGUAGUCGCGGGUGCAUCCGAGAGGGAUCUUUCCGCGCGGGAACAAUCUGAUGUACGUGUCACGAGGGAAAUCCCCAGGCGGAACGACGAGCCGCACGCCGUGGCGGUGGAGACUCUGCUGUCCGCCGUGAAAUCGCUGCCGGAGCAGUUUUUGACGCCGUUCAUAGCUGCGAUGCAAAUGCUGUCGCCCGGGAAAGGCGACGUCAACGCAACUUCCGACGUGCAGCUCAUGAACCGAUUAAAUACUUUGCGCAAUAUGAAGACGGACGAGCCCGAAACCGGCGUGUCUGAGGCGGGGAUCAACGACAUCGACGCUCCUCGGGACUCGGCGACAACAGCCGUUGCACCGAGGAACGUUGACGAAGAACCGCCUGUCUCCGUGCUUGGGGAAAAAACUGAAUCGCAGUCGCUUCGGGAACAGGAUCGACAGGGUAGGCGUCCAGACGGAAGCCCCGAAAAAUUGAGACGCAGCAAGAGCACCGAUAAGAAGAUCGAUAGACCUAAACUUCCGGAUUCUCGGAUGGCAAAAUCCCGGUCGAGCGUCCCGGACAUCAAGCAACAGCAUCAGGAUGUCAGAUCGGUACGUACAGACGCGAACCAGUCUAACAUUUCGCAAACUAACAUCGCAACGGAUCUGACAUCCGAAACGUUUUCCGAUUCGGUGGACUUAAUGGGCAAAGACAAUCCCGAAGAGUCGCAGACUACGAGCGAAGCGGCAGCGACGAGCGUAGGAGUGGCCGAAGUGUCGCGAACGGACGUCGGCGGGGAAAUGCAUUCACGUAAGAAUUCUUUAGGGAUAGUUGACGCGCCCGUGAGAAAUAACGAAGACAGAUCUGUCGAGGACGAGGCGGAAUCGAGGGCGAGAUCAGCUGUGGAGAUGCAUCCAGGUGAAUCAUCGAGCUCUCACGUGCGGCCGUUAACAGCAUCCUCGGCGCAUGAUCAAUUUGUCGCCCACGAACCUCCCGAGCUUACAGUCGCAUCCGGCGAUCGCUCGACUGAUACGUCAUCGUCAUCAUCAAAGGAAGCGGAAAGCUCUUCCGAAAAUGCAUCUCAUGAAAAGCUUCUCGUUGAUAACAUUGAGCCACUUCUAAAAAGUGACUCGUCGCCGGGCGAAAGUUCAUUAGCUUCAAUAAACGAUUCUAACGCGGGACGAUCCGCCUGUCGAUCGACGACGGAAACGAAUGUCCCGCCAAGUGACCCGAUCGUGCAUAAUUCUAACGCUGAUCAUCCGCCUGUUUACGAAAUAACAAUGAACGCGACUAAUACGCAACCGGCGAGCAAACAGGAUAUUAACAAACGAGACGAACGACAGUCGGGCGAUUCAUCUCACGCGCAUGUUCCCACAUCAGCUUCGCCGAUCUCGUCAAUUUCAUCUGCCGCGAAAGUACCCGAUCAUUCUGCCGACGUUAAAUCACCGCCCGUCGAAAUAUUCGAUAAUCACGGAACGACAUUGCGUCAUGAUAAAAAUGAUACAAAGCCGAUCGUUCCGAAAAAUGCGGUGCACGUUUCGGAAAAAGUAGAACAGACAAUUUCGGUCACAUAUCACACUCCCGCGAGCGACGAUAAAAAUGAAACUACGCUGAAAGAAAACGUGCCCGUUGAGCAAAAUACGACCAAUGAUUUAUCCAUUACUCAAUCGCGAUCCGAUGAAAAUAUCCCACCGCCAUUAACACACUCGCGUGCCCCCGAGGAAAUGGAUUUAAACAAUCCGCGUGAUCAAGGGGAGGAAAUUGCACUCGCCUUGGCGGAGACUGACGGUUCGAUGAUCGAGCGGACUGCAGACGUGCCAUCCUUGACGGAUUCGCAGAAUGUUACGAAUCAGGAUGACUCAUUCCUUCCGACAAAUAAUCAGGAAAUAAUUGCACUCUCGCGCAAUCGCGUAACGCACGCGAGCAUAACGCCACCCUCUUUCUCAAAAAAUAAUGUCCGAGUCGAUACUUGCCCCGAAAAUACUUCGCAGCUUGAAAUAUCGAGCAGCUGUGACGACCCCGAAACUUCUAAGGGCGUUAAAAUUUCAGAGGAUAGCGAAGUAGCACCUACGGUACCUAUUCCUGAAGCUCCGAAACUUAAUGUCGAUGGAAACCUCGCUGAAAAUAUUAACAAGCCCCCCGACGAAAAUGCACAGUUACGCGAGUUAUCGAACGGUAAUACGUCGGAUAACACGUCUCCCCCGUUGUCUGUCGAACACGGUCCUCCCUUAGAAUCGACAAAAAGUAUUUCGUAUCCCGUGGAACGCGAUGAGGAACCUUAUCUCGAGGAUAAAGUUUCUCAAUCUCGCGACGACAGGAGACAGGACGCGCAAACGUCAAAUUCAACAACAAGGAACAUCUUACAUGCGCUUAAAAAUUUCAAUAUAUUCUUCGCAGCGCCGACCGAGGGGAGAAAUAUUGCUUCAACAGUCAACAAAGACUCUCUCCCGGAUCCUAUUAUAGCGAAUGUCAGCGACGUGACGCCCGGAAUACCUGACACCUUUGAAAUAAAGAUAUCGGAAUCGCCGGUAACAACGGUAAACGAUUGCGCGCCGGUAAAAGAUAUCGCGGGUAUCGUCGAGCGCGAGAUCGAAGGCUUCGAUACGAUCGGCGGGGAGAACGCGAGAGACGCCGUGUCCGGGGACGGAAUUUUAAUCGUCGCGCGUAACGAACGGGUUGAGCCGGCGUCGUCGAAAUUAUCGGGUAACGAAAGCGCGACAGAAAAAAAUACAGAGCAAGUAAAUCAAUCUCGUAAAAGCGUAAUUGCAAAGCCCGUCGUCGUGAAGUACAGAUCGAGAUCGCCUCUUAAAAAGAUCGUCCGAAGAAAGUCGCCCGUUAAAAUAGUGAAAAAAUCAGGUAGCGUUCCGAGGAAGAAUUUAGCGUGGAAAAGCGCAAGUCCGUACAGCGCGAGCGUGACAAAAGCGAAAGCAACGGCUGGCGAGAUUGCUAAAAGCUCGAAUCGAGCGGCGCAAUCCGAUGAAUCGCGAAUUAAAGAACCCUUAAAGUCCACGCGUAUCGGGACAGGCGGUAAUGAUAAGUCGAUUAUUGGCGAGAAAAUUGUGAUAAAAAUGGCAGAAGAUAAUUUAAAACCUAAAACGUUUUCACCGCCGGAAAUGCUGGACAAAGCUGUUAAACAGCCAUUAAAUAAUAUCAGCGUGCAAAAAGCUACGGGAAGUAUCAGGGUAAAUGAUAAUAAAAAGGUUUCUACGUCCGGUACGGAAAAAAUAUCGAUAGUUAACAAUGCGACCAAUCCCGAAUCGCAAACCAAAUUGCCUAUUGUUAAAAAAUAUAAUGGAAAUAAAUCGGAAAAUUCUAAAAAGAGUACGCUCGAAUAUUCUAAAAACAAAAAUAUUGAAGAUAAGAAAAAUAUCGAGGUUGAAAAUAAAAACCCGACGGGCUCGAAAGGUAUUAAAAAAGCGGGAGUUUUCGAAAAUCAAGCAAUAAAGAAUAUAAAUCACAAAACUGAAAUCUCGAAUGGUGAUAGAGUUCCAGUCAAAACGAAGAAAGAUAAUUUAAAACCGAAAACAUUCUCGCCGUCAAAAAUACCCGUUUUGGUGCAACGAAAAGUCACACAAUCUGCAGACACUGUCUCAUCAAAUACUUGUAAAAUAAAUGUCACUGACACGGUAAAGAGUGGGUCAACGAAAUUGCCAGUAAUGUCGCAAGCAGUUUCGAAGGUGUCUUUAAAAAUUCAGGAAAGAGCUAACGUAUUGAACCCGCCAGCCAUGCGGAAAAUUGAGUCCAAGGAUACUAACAAACUAAUGGGAAAUCAAAUUAAAUCUAGUAACGGGAGGGCGAUUGAAAUUACAGAAAAUGUGAAAGACAAGCAAAUCUUGGAGGAGAAUGCUAAAGAGAGUACCGUGGAGAGUGAAGAAACCGAAGAACCUCCGAAAGUUAAGUCAAUAGAAUCGGAAUUAAACGAGAAUUCACAAGCGUCGAACUCGAGGCAUAACGAUCCGCCCGCGGAUCUUGGCAAACAAUUGGAAGUCGAAAACGCAAUCGAGGAAAGCUCGGAUGCUUUCAGCUCCGAUUCCGAGUAUUCUGAAGAGGGCGAAGACACAGGAACGGCGAAGUACAUUUCUGAUCAUAACUCGGAAUACAAUUCCGUCGAGGAGUUCACGGACGCGGAGUUGUUGUUGGAGAAAACGCUAAAUGAGAUCAGGUCUGAAAUAUCGGCGUCUGAGGAAGAGUGCACGGGCGAGUCCGAGGAAAGUGAGGACGUCACUUAUUCGUACGAGACGGAGAGCCACGAUCAUAAUUCCACGUCGUCCGAAGACUCGCUCGACGAACGGGAGAUUGAGUCGAGCGAGCUCGAAGAUUCGGCGGAAGAGGACGUGUACGAAGAACCACCGUCCGAGGAAGAGGAGGCGAAUGAACGGGUCGAAACUUCGGGACAAUUUCGAGUGCCUGAUAAGGAGGCCGACGGUAUGACACACGAUGAAACGAGUGGCAACGAAGCCAACAUUUCGAAGAGAACAGAGAGCAGCUCUCAGGUCACACAAGAAGAUGGGGAAAGUAAUUGCAAGGCAUCAACGGAGGCCGCCUCUGCGGUCAUUGAAUUAUCUCGACCGGAAACAAACGCGGGAAUCAAUGAAAAGGCAUUAAAAGUUUCUCAGAAUCUUCAAACAGAUUCGGCGUCUUCAACGGAGACAGAACGGAGUAUAAAGUCCAAGGGAGACGUCCAUUCAGAAAAGAGCGAUUCAAAGAAGAAUGAGACAAAGCUCGAGGGCGCGAGCGAAGCUGAGGCGAGAGAUCAGUCGAUAGCGCAGAACGGUACGCUGAAGAUAAUCACGAGUAACGAGUCGCGAGAGAAACGCGCGAAGGUAGGUCGAAGGGCGAGUACAGGGAGCAAAGAGAUAAAAAUCGAGAGAGAUGAUACGUUAAAGGGGGUGGAUCGGGCGCGAGCGCCCAAGAAACGGUUCUCCCUCGUAGCCAGUUGCAUCCGUCGGUUCGAGGGCGAAGAGAACGCCGUAAGGGCGCACGUGGAGAGCAUCGGGCGCCGGAGACAGGCAUCUCCCAAAACGGAGCGGGAGAGAAUAGCGCGUCGUCUCCUGGCGGAGGGUCGAGCCGCGAAUUACGAUGAGGCCGAGGUCGCCGCAAGUUUGCUGGCCCUCAAGUUCGGGGACGCCGAGGCGCUCCAGGCCGCGAAAGAAUGCCCCAGCGUGGAAGCGGCGCUGGCCUUCUUGCAGCAGGAGUGCGAGCUGUGCACCGGUCGUUUUGCGAUGAGCCAAAUAGUGUCCAUGCUGAAGUGCACACAUCGCUGCUGCAACGAAUGCGCGAAGAAUUACUUCACCAUUCAGAUCAGCGACAGGAACAUCACGGAUGCCGUUUGUCCGUACUGCAAGGAGCCUAAUCUGAAGGACGCGGGUGAAGACGAGGUUCUUGAGUACUUCAGCAACCUGGACAUCCAGCUGAAGACUCUGCUGGACCCGCCGAUCCACGAGCUCUUCCAAAGGAAGCUCAGAGACCGGACUCUGAUGCAGGAUCCGAAUUUUAAGUGGUGCAUCCAGUGUUCGAGUGGAUUUUACGCCGAUCCCCAUCACAAGCGUUUAAUCUGUCCCGAUUGUCGAUCUGUCACUUGUGCCUCUUGCCGAAGACCGUGGGAAAAACAACACGAGGGAAUCUCGUGCGAGAAAUUUGCCGCCUGGAAGGACGAGAACGAUCCCGACAAUCAAGCCGCGGGUUUGGCCAAACAUCUGGCCGACAAUGGCAUCGACUGCCCUAAGUGCAAGUUCCGUUAUUCGCUGUCUCGAGGAGGUUGCAUGCAUUUCACGUGCAGCCAGUGUAAAUAUGAGUUCUGCUGCGGUUGCGGCAAGGCUUUCAUGAUGGGGGCGAAAUGUGCGGUCAGCCCUUAUUGCGCCAAGCUGGGCCUGCACGCCCAUCAUCCGCGCAACUGCCUCUUCUACCUUCGCGACAAGGAGCCGGCGCAGCUGCAGCAGUUGCUCCGAGAGAACGGCAUCGGCUACGACACCCAGGGCCCGGUCGGGGAGCGUAGGUGCAAGGUGCAACUGCAGAAGGAAACACCGACCGGAGUCGUGGACACCGUUUGCAAUUCCGACGUCGUCGAGGGCCACGCCGGUCUGUGCAGGACUCAUUACGUCGAGUAUCUAGUUCGAAAGAUCCGUUUGACGCAGCUGGAACCGCUGCCCUUGCUAAACGUGGACGAUCUCGAAACGUGCGUGCGACGCGCCGGGCUGAAACGGCCCGCGAACUGGCAGCACUACAUUGAGUACCUGGCGGGCCUGGUGCUCAAGGGCCGGCUGGAUCCCGCGGCGAUCUUUGACUUGAACGACGCCAGGCAAGAGUUGCGCCGACGGGGAAAAGUCCCCCCUGCGAAGGACCAGGAAAUGUCCGAGCGGGAUUACCUCGAGGCUUGCAUUCAGGUCGUAAAGCAGGAGAUUCCGCUGGAGUGACUGCGGAGGAGAAUCUCGGGGCAAAAAAAUCGGACGCGCGCGUAUCCGAGGCCAUAAGCGACCAGACCGUAUAUUGUGUAGGGUAUUCAUUUCACUCUCACGGACCACAUGGGAGCCCACGGGGUGAAAAUAACGUAGGACCACGGUACCAGGAGUAUUGUAAUACGAAGCGUCAUUUAGUUGUAAUGUCGUAAAUUGUUUAUUCUUCGACGCGGCGUGAUUUGUAUCUUAACUCGACGUUUCGUUCGCAAAAACCAUUCGUAGAUACUCGGCGAGAAGAAACGGCGCUCGUCUCUACGUGCUCUACUUGUUAACAGCCAAAGAAGCGCAACAGCGCAGUCGAAUGUUUCUUUACUUCUUGAUGGAUAGAGCAAUUAUUAAUGGGAGUUAUAUAAUUAAUGUUUGAGAAAUAUGUAUUUAUUUCUGCUUUAUAUUACUGUUUUCCAAGAAAUAGACGAUUUGAUUUAAGAAAGUAGUCGCAGCAUUCAUAAAGUCCUUCUUUCUAAUCUUAAUAAAAAUCAUCGAUCUGUAUCUAUACCUUUCUAAUCUUAAUAAAAAUCGACAAUCUGUAACUGUU